AUGAAGUACAGAAAACGAACAGCAAGUGAUUUUGUCUUUAAGGAAGAACUCGGCCAUGGGUCAUACUCUACCGUCUAUAAGGCAAUCGAUAAACAUGACCUUAAGAGAGUUUAUGCAAUCAAAGUAUGCUCAAAGGCUCAUAUAAUACGAGAAGCAAAGGUGAAAUAUGUGACGAUCGAGAAGAAUACUCUGAAUUUAUUAGCUAGAGAAAAUCAUCCAGGAAUAGUUAAAUUAUAUUAUACUUUCCAUGAUGCAGACAAUUUAUAUUUUGCCCUUGAUUUUGCUGCUGGUGGAGAGCUACUUUCACUAUUACAUAAAUAUAGGACAUUUAACGAACAACUAUCAAGACAUUUUACCAUACAGUUAAUUGAUACGGUAGAGUAUAUUCAUUCAAAAGGAGUUAUACACCGUGAUCUUAAACCUGAAAAUGUAUUAUUGGAUAAAGAAGGAAGAUUAAUGAUUACAGAUUUUGGGGCAGCCACAACUGUAACUAAGGCUGAGCUUGACGGAGAAAGCCGCAAUGAUCUUAAUGCAACUAAUUCUACAUCCUCCUUUGUUGGAACAGCAGAAUACGUCUCUCCUGAACUUUUGUUAUAUAAUAAAUGCACUACGAGUUCUGAUAUAUGGGCUUUAGGCUGUAUGAUUUAUCAAUUCUUGGAAGGGUGCCCACCAUUCAGAGGCAGUAACGAAUUAAAGACUUUUGAAAAAAUUGUAGAAUUAGAUUAUACCUGGAACCCAAACAAAUAUGCUACUAAUGUUAAUGGUAAUUCGAACAAGAAUAUAAAUCCAAUGAUCAUUGAUACUGUUCGGAAAGUAUUAGUAAUUGACGACAAUGAAAGGAUAACCAUCUCUGAUCUUAAAAGGGAACCAUGGUUUAAUGGGAUAGAUUGGAAUAAUAAAUUUGAUAUAUGGAAAGGGAUUUUCACCAUGGAUCAGUCUUUAUUGAGGGAUCAAUCAGGGUUAAAUAUGUCAGAUCAACAGAAACGAAGAAUGAUUCCAAAUAGGCAACUACAUGUAAUAGAUACGCCGAUAAAGAAUAUAACAAUUUCCAAGCAAAAGAAGAAGAAACCAAUGAAGAUCUCAACAAAUACAAGUAGUAUAGUUGAAUGGAGAAAGAAAUUAGGUAUAUCCUUAAAUCAAAAUAAUGAAAAGACACCAGCAACAGGCUUGAUGACUCCAAAUAAUGACCGAAAAAUGGUUUACCACCCACAAAAGAUUAUAAAUCAACAUAGCGGAAGUGCACCUUUAGCAAAUAAAAAACAACAAGUGCUACAGACCCAACAUUAUCAAAAUUCAUAUCCAAAUGGUAUACAGAAAGCAUCGGAUAUUAAUACUACCUCACAACCGAUGCCACAAGCAUCCCUUACAGCUCCUCCAAUGGAAAGGCAAUUAACAAAUGGAAAUGGGCCAGCUAUUGAAUACACCCCUAGCUUACGAUCGUAUAUCAACAGUAAUAGGGGACCUUCACCACCAUGUACAAACUUAAUUUCCUUAGAUGCUUCUACACCAAGUGGGGAAUCUCCUUCAAACUUGCAUUAUUCAAGACAGCAACAGCAACAACCAGAGACCAAAUAUGGUAGUCAUAUUUUGAAACAAGAUUUUAUAUAUAUUUGUGAAAUACCCUUUCUGGCCGUUGGUCCUGCUCUUAGUAUCAAUAGUUACAACAGAAUUGACAACGAUUUAAUUACAGAUAUUGUUUCUAAGAACGGAGAUUUUCUGAAAAAGUCUAAUACCAAACCAAAAUUGUUGACGCUUACUGACAAAGGACAUCUGAUGUAUAGCGACGACCUAGGAGUUAACGAACAUUCAAUCGUUGAUGUAAGUGAUUCUGGAUUAUCGAUGUACGAUUUCGAGUUCGAUGAAGCUGCUAGGAAAGGAUUUCUUAUUCUUGAAAAAUACAAAGAAAAACUUUGGUUCAUUUCACUUCCAUCGGCUACCAUAGGUUCUCAGUUGCAUUCUACAGACAUUAAUUCCAUAUCACCUAUUAUGAACAGUGAAGAGAAUUGGGUUGACUGUUUUUUUAGAUCCAGACAUUUAUUAGAAGAUGAUAAUUUAUCAAAUGAAAUGAAAACGUUGAACGUCGAUGAUAACAACAGUGAUGAAAAUGUGUAUAAUCAUCCUUCAACAAGUUUUGUAGCGCAAUCACUACCAGUAAACACUGUCUCCCAACCCACAUAUGUCUCCCCAACAUUAGACGAAUGUGAAAAGAAGCCGUUACCUUCAAGACAAUUAGUAUCUCCUGAUCAUAAACUAUCUCCAGCCCUUAGAUACAACAAGAAGAGUAGUAGUUCGACUACCAGCGGAGGACAUAAUAAUAACAUUAACUACGUUAAUGAUAUAAACACAGCAUUAUACACCAGUGCCGCGGCUGUUGCCUCCAAAAAUGCGUUGAUGAAUCAUCUCAAUAAAGAGAACAAAGAACCUUCUUCGAAUUUAACAUAUGCUCCACCCUCACGAAGACAAACGCCGUUGGAGUUAGGCACUGCCAAGGAAUAUAAAAUACAUAACAGGUCUCAGAAACCAAAUAAACCUCCUGGUUCUUCAUUACCUACAGUAGUAUAUCCACCAGAAAAGAAGUACAGACCACCGAAAAAUAUGAUUGUCACUAGUAGCAGGCGUGAAGUUCUGAACACCUUAAACAGUGCAAGUCAACGAGUUGGUAGUGAUCAAAGUAUAGCCAGUUCCGGUGCAUCUGCAGCUUUUAAAAGUUUGCAAAAGAGAAAGAAUGAGUCAACCAGAUGA